AUGUUAAGUUGGAGAUCGUCGACAGUUCGUCAGCCAUCGAUUCGCCCUGCGCGUAAAAGUGAGUGGCUCCGAUGCGCUUUGGCUCAUCAUUACAAUCCGGAUCUUGGCGUGGAAAACGAGAUUGUUGUCCUUGCGACGGGUGUCGACCAAUAUUUACAGGAAAUAUUUCAUCACCUUGCCUUUUACAAUUCUAAUGACUUUGUCUCCCAAGAGGAUUUCAAACUUUUAUGUCAGGUAUUAGGUUUCUCUAGCACUCGUGAGUCGGAUGUGGAUAAAAGAGAAGAGAAUCAGGAGUAUGACAUUUGCUCCGCGCUUCCCCGCGAGCUGAACUUCAAAGAAUUUCACGCACGACUUUGUGGAUAUUUCAACCUCAAGGUACAGAAUGGAAAGACGACCACACGUCUCCCGGUCUCGGAGGAAACAGAACACAUCGAGCGCGAGAUUAAGCUUCGAUGGCCGAGGAUACGAAGGAGAAAGUGUGUCAGUUUUGACCUGUCCAUGGAUCAUACGCGCAAGAAGCCACAGCCUAAAUCUGUCAACAUGUCAAAAGUGGAUAAUCUGUCGACCUGUGCAUUGGAAUGCGCUCAGGAGACAGGUGACAAGUCAUGGAAGGAACAACUAGAGCUGGAAAAUGCUAGCCUGCGGGAGCUGGUGGAGGACCUACGAUCAGCUCUUCAGGGGAGUGAUGCUCGGUGCAUGGCUCUGGAGGUGGCCCUGCGUAAAGAACGUGGAGGACUGUCAGACAAGGUCAGAGCAGUAGCCUCUGAGAGCGAAGGCACUGUAGGAGUUGGGGAAACCAAAUCGAGGAGGCCUAACCUCACCGACUGGGAGACAAAGAGGGGAACCAAAGACCUGCUCCGGGAACUGCAGCUGAUUCGUGACUCACGUGACGGACAGCUGGAGGAAGCUCUGAGGUUCAACCAGAGGCUUGAAGAAGAACUUAGGGCAGCAUAUAGGGAGACCAGCAGGCUGGAGGAAGUGAUGGCUAGGCUGAGGAAAGAAAACGUUCUGAUUAAGAGGAAGGCGGAGGAAGCGAGAGGGGCUUUGGCUGCUGGGCUGGAGCGGGUCAGGACCAUUCAAGACCAGGCCAAGCAAAUCACUCCUCUCCAGGACAAAAUCCAUAAGCUAGAGACUGAGCUAGAGAGGUUCAGAUUGCACUGCACCUGCAGAAUAUUGGGUGAGAGCAAAACAGAACCUCCAGUGAUGCCCAGUGAGCCCACUACCUGCAUCUUCUCCACAGGACGAGAUGAGGUCCUCAUUAGGGGAGAAGAAGGCCUGCAGAGGGCGGUAGAGGGUCGUGCAGCCUCUGACGAAGAGGAGGAGGAGCGGGGGAGGGAGACAGGGCAAUGCUGCCUCCUGGAGGUGAAACGUUUGAUCAACAGGCCACAUAACUGUGUGAAAGGAUGUCAAAGCACAACUGCCCAUCAUUUGCUUACUGCUCAGAACUGUUCUCCUGAUGCUGACCUGAGGGGUCUCUCUGGACAAAAAGACACAAGGACAUGGAAUGGAAGGCAUCACACGCAUUUGGAGCAAAAAGAAAGUGAGUCUGAGAAGGCUUUGCAACUAAAGCAAGGAAAGGUGGACCUGUUGAAAGUGGAGGUUCAGAUGGUGGAGAUGGAGAGGGAGCGUCUGUCUUUGCUGGAGGAAAAACUCAAAGAUGCUUUGGAGCUGCUGCUGCAGCUCCAUCACAAGAAAUUUGCGCAUUGGGCCUUGGGCAAGAUUCUGAUGGACACACUGGACGAAUGCUGCGGCAAAGGUCUAGAGCCUACCCGUGUCCUGCAGGUCGUAGAUGUUCUCUGUCAGCAGCUUCUCUCCACUGAGCGUGUGGAUACAGGCAGUGAAGUGGGAGAGAUGUCACAGCGAAGGGUGACCUUGGAAAACAGGGGCUGUAUUAAACCCUUAGUCAUCUGCUGA